ACGGCUAGCAGUCGCCACUAUGUUGACAGAUUAUUUGACCCUGAUCCCCAGAAAGUCCUGCAAGGUGUCAUGGAAGGCUAAGGUCCAUAACCACUGGUGGUCCUGUCCAUAGCCCAAUGAUGGAGCUGGAAGAAAAGGUCCUAUCACCUGGGUUUGGACUGUGGACCAUAUUUUUGACACCUGGCCUGCAUCUUCAGCCAAGUACCCCUAGAGUGAGAGAUAUGAAAAAUGCUGUAAUUGGAAACAACAAACAAAAAGCCAACUUGAUUGUUUUGGGAGCAGUUCCAAGGUUGCUGUAUUUGCUCCAGCAAGAAACCUCCAGCACAGAACUGAGAACUGAAUGUGCAGUGGUGCUAGGAAGUCUUGCGAUGGGUACAGAAAACAAUGUUAAAUCCCUGCUAGACUGCCAUAUUAUCCCAGCCUUAUUGCAAGGUUUACUGUCACCAGAUCUGAAGUUCAUUGAAGCUUGCCUCCGAUGUCUUCGCACCAUUUUCACCAGCCCGGUAACUCCAGAGGAACUACUGUACACAGAUGCUACAGUUAUCCCCCACCUUAUGGCACUGCUCAGUAGGUCUCGAUAUACACAAGAAUACAUAUGUCAGAUCUUCUCACAUUGCUGCAAACUCCGACACUGGCAUAGCUGCGGCUUUAAAUCAUCGCCUCAGCCACUUCUAUGUGCCAAUGGACCGGAUCAUCAGACAAUCUUAUUUAACCAUGGAGCAGUUCAGAAUAUUGCUCACCUCUUAGUCUCCACCUCCUACAAAAGUCUUCUUCUGGGUAGAGCCCCCAGAGCUGUGAGACAUGGUGAUUCCAUCCUACUGAGAGGCCUCCAGCAGUUCACACAUCACGAUUACUGUUCGAACCUCUCUUCAGACUCUGGCAGAUGGUCUGUGGACUCUGCUCUGGUUCGAAUGCAAGCAUUGAAAUGCUUCUCAGUUCUAGCCUUUGAAAAUCCCCAAGUAUCAAUGACACUUGUAAAUGUGUUGGUUGAUGGAGAAUUGUUACCACAGAUUUUUGUGAAGAUGUUACAAAGGGACAAGCCUAUUGAAAUGCAGCUCACAUCAGCCAAAUGCCUUACUUACAUGUGCAGAGCUGGAGCAAUCCGGACAGAUGACAACUGCAUUGUGUUAAAGACACUGCCAUGUUUGGUCCGAAUGUGCAGUAAGGAGAGAUUGCUGGAGGAACGAGUAGAAGGAGCAGAAACACUUGCCUACUUGAUUGAAACGGAUGUUGAGCUCCAGAGAAUCGCCAGCAUUACUGACCACCUUAUUGCAAUGCUUGCUGACUACUUCAAGUACCCUAGCUCAGUCAGUGCAAUCACCGAUAUCAAAAGGCUUGACCAUGACUUAAAGCAUGCUCAUGAAUUGCGCCAGGCUGCAUUCAAGCUCUAUGCUUCCCUUGGAGCAAAUGACGAAGACAUUCGGAAGAAGAUCAUUGAGACAGAAAAUAUGAUGGACCGAAUUGUGAAUGGCUUGUCUGAGUCUAGCAUCAAGGUGCGAUUAGCUGCAGUCAGAUGUUUGCACAGUCUGUCACGGUCUGUGCAGCAGCUCCGAACAAGUUUCCAGGAUCAUGCUGUAUGGAAACCCUUAAUGAAGGUCUUACAGAAUGCUCCAGAUGAAAUCCUGGUAGUAGCAUCUUCCACGCUAUGCAAUCUCCUCCUAGAAUUCUCCCCAAGCAAAGAGCCUAUAUUAGAAUCGGGAGCUGUAGAACUUUUGUGUAGUUUAACUCAGAGUGAAAACCUUGCCUUGCGUGUGAAUGGCAUUUGGGCUUUAAUGAAUAUGGCAUUUCAGGCAGAACAGAAGAUCAAGUCAGACAUCUUACGAGGUUUGAGUACAGAACAGCUAUUUCAGUUACUCUCCGAUUCAGAUGUAAAUGUGCUAAUGAAAACUUUGGGACUGCUCAGAAAUCUUCUGUCUACUCGUCCACACAUAGACCAUAUAAUGAGCACUCAUGGAAAGCAGAUCAUGCAAGCAGUUACCCUCAUUCUGGAAGGGGAGCACAAUAUAGAAGUCAAGGAACAGACAUUAUGUAUCCUUGCCAACAUAGCAGAUGGAACAACAGCAAAAGAACUCAUUAUGACCAACGAUGACAUCUUGCAGAAAAUAAAGUAUUAUAUGAGUCAUUCAAAUGCUAAACUUCAGCUUGCUGCCAUGUUUUGCAUAUCUAACCUCGUCUGGAAUGAAGAAGAAGGUUCACAGGAACGCCAAGAUAAACUACGAGAUAUGGGAAUAGUAGAUAUUCUACACAAAUUAAGUCAGUCAUCAGAUCCAAAUCUGUGUGACAAGGCGAAGACAGCACUCCAGCAGUAUCUUGCAUGAUCAAAGAUGAAGUGAAUCUUUGGACACCCCUCACAUCUAUUU